CGCGGCCCUAUAUAGAGCGGGCGCUCCGGCGCAGUGCCUUCGCCCUUGGCGCAGAGGUCGGCUCCCGGCGCCGCGGCCCGUGUGGGCAGGAUGGGCUCGGAGGCCUUUGGCUGGCGGCGGGCGCCGUCCUCGUCGGAGGAGGAGAAGUGCCGCGGCGGGGGCCGGCGGGCUGUGCGGCGGGGCGCCCCCUGGGCUGCCAGGCGGCCCUUGAGCGGCGAGCCGGGCCCGGUGGCCGAUCCUCUGGAGCGCCUGGAUUUGGCGCAGGUGAGCAGCUUGAACGCGGAGCUGCUGGGCCUGCGCGCCCAGGAGAAGGAGCAGCUGGGGGGCCUCAACGACCGCUUCGCCACCUACGUGGAGCGGGUGCGCCAGCUGGAGCGCCGCCACCGGGCCCUGCGCCUGGAGCUGGAGGAGCUGCGCCGCCACGAGCGCACCCCGGCGCGCCUGCCCCAGCUGUACCAGCACGAGGUGCGCGGCCUGAGGGCGCUGCUGCAGGCCGAGGAGGGCGACCGGGCGCGCCUGGAGACCCAGCGCCAGCGCUUGCGCCACACCUGCGCCCAGCUGCGCGAGUGCUGCGCGCAGGAGGAGCGCCGGCGCCUGGACGCCGAGGAGGCGCUGGGCCGAGUCCGUCAGGAGGCAGCCCGGGCCGUUCUGGCCGCCCGCGACGCCGACGGGGCGGCCGGCUCGCUGAGCGCCCAGCUGGCCUUCCUGCAGAGGCUCCUGGCCCAGGAGCGCGCCGAGCUCGCCGAGCAAGCCGACCUGGCCGCGGCCGCGCGGGCGGCGCUGGUGGCGGGAGGAGCCCCGGCGGGGGCGGCCAAGCAGCCCGACCUGGCGACGGCCCUGCGCGACAUCCGCGCCCAGUACGAGUGCCUGGCGGCGCAGAACAUGCAGGCGGCCGAGGAAUGGUACCGCUCCAAGUUCGCCUCGGUGGCCCAGCUGGCCGGACGCAACCAGGAGGUCGUGCGCGGCAUCCGCCAGGAGACGAUGGAGUGCCGGCGCCUGCUGCAGUCGCGCUCGGCGGAGAUCGAGGCCCUGCGCGGCGCCGUCGACUCGCUGCACCGGCAGCUGGAGGGCCUGGAGGGGGAGCAGAGCGCCCAAGUGGCCCGUUGCCAGGAAAGAGUGGUGGAGCUGGAGCAGGAGAUCUCGGAGGCCAAGGAAGAGAUGGCCCGCUACAUGCGCGAGUACCAGGAGCUGCUGAACAUCAAGAUGGCUCUGGACAUUGAGAUCGCUGCCUACAGGAAACUACUGGAAGGAGAAGAGUUGUGGUGGAAUUCUUCUUCACAAAUGACACUAAAAUGAUUGGGGGGAGGCUGAGCUUCUUGCCUUCACCAUCAUCAUCCCAUCCUACGCUCUUGUUCCCUCACACGAUGCGAGAAGCCUCCCCCCACCUCCCCCCACCUCCAAGCCAGGCUUGCUUCAGCGUUUGCAGAGGAAGAGGUGCCUGGCCCCACCUGUCCUUCAAGCCGCCUGUUCUACUGGCUGUCUUCUUUUGGGGGUGGCAAAGGGCCGUUGUGUGUUGGGGGAAGGGGCUGCAUUCUUUAUGGCACUGGAAGCAGCCUGCUUUGGGGCUGGUGGCUUCUCCCCAGCCCAGAAAAGAGAGGCAAAUCCUGCACUGGGCAUCCAUCUGACCAGCUGUGAGCUGGUGUGGAGGUCGGUCAUCCUUCUAAGCUCCAAAAGGCCAAAAUGGCUUCCGAGGGUGGUCUCCUGCACAGCGGCCCCGGCACAGCUGGCUCAAGCAUUGUGCAAAAGUGGCCCAGGGCCCAGGGGGGAGGGGUGGCUGACCACCACAAAGAGCUUCUAAAAGAAAUCUGUGGAAGUGCCCCCUGCCCCCCCACAAACUUUCCCACUGGGAUCAUGAAGUUUGCAAAAUGGGAUGCUCUUAGGAUAAGUUUGGAAAGAUUUGCUUUCUCAAAGGCUUUUACGGCUGGAAUCAACUGGCUGGCGUGGAUUUUCUGAGCUGUGGACCUGCAGGCAAAACAUUAGGGGCAAAAACUGUUGGGAGAAACAACACCUCGUGUGUGUUUUCCCUUGCACAAGGAGCAGAAUGCACAGAGGCUAAAAACACAGUGGAGCUUACCUGUGUGUGAGCUCGGGAGAGAGAAUUUACGACACAAAAGAAAGUUGGAGUUGUUUGUAGUUUCUAAUCUAUUAAAAAGAGUAUUUAUUAGUGAACUCCAUUCUGGAUAGAAAGGUGGAGAGAUAGGUUCACUAAGCUAUCCUAAUCUAGCUGGAUGG